CCCUGCGCCAAGACUCCGAUAUGUGCGAUCCUAACAUUGAAAACCACAGGGGAUAGCAGCACUUCGCGUGUAUGGUAUUGCUGCAAAACGAUCACCACACAACCGACAGACAAGCUGUUAUAGUAGCUGCACACACAAACGAGUCUCGGGGAAUUGCCACCACAACAGCUCCGUGGCGGAGAAAUACCGGCGGAAAUCGGGAAAAUGCCCGGGACGGAGCUGCGGGCUCGACCGCACGCAACGCGCGGCUACGAUGUCGGAGGGUGCAAGCGCGGGACCUGCCGACGCCUCACAGGCCUCACAAGCCUCACAGGCUAGUGCUGGCGGUCCUUCCUCUGCGGAUCAGGGAGCUGCCGCUGCGGACUCUAAGCCAACCGGCGAGGCUAUCGAUGAGAUGCUAGCCGUCAACGACCCCGUUAAAAACAGCAACGGCAAACACGCGUACCUGGAGCCCAACUUCCCGAUCGAGCGGUCAGGCAGUGGGAGGGAAAGGGAGCUACCCCAUCCGGUGCCUCGGAAGCGUAUCAUCGAGUGGCUGAAGCAGGAGGAGCAGCUCAGGGAGAAGGUCAGCGCCAACCCCAAGCUUUCGAAGGCCAAGCAGGUUCACAGCGGAGGGAAAGCUUCGAUAGUCGACGCCGAACAAGCCCUUGUGGACUACAUCAACGAGCGGCACAAGCAGCACCGCGGUUGUGGUAAUCGGGAGGUGAUGAACAAGCUGCUCGAGCUGAAGCCUGACGCCCUUGGCGGGGUGCCGGCGAACGCGAAACCGGAGGAGGCGCUGGCUUUCAAGGUCAAAUUCAACUCCUGGUACCAACGGUUCCGCAAGCGGAAUGGGUUCAGAAUCCGCCGGCGUACCAGCGUGGGCCAGAAACUGCCGAAGGGGUACGAGGGUAUGGCGUGGGCGACGGUGAUGAAGCUGCGCGAGGCUCUCGUAAAGCGCGCCGGUGAGAUCUACGCUCGGCGCCACCCGCCGGCACAUGACGAGAGCCCCAUCAAAGGGGAGGAUCUGACUUCCGAGCAGCUGGCGUCUGUGGAAGCGGAGGUUUUCGAGGAAGUCGGCAUCAUGGGCCAGACGCCAGUCCAGCACGAGGUGCCGGUGGCGAUCACUCUGGAGAAGACUGGUGCGAAGGAUGCUCGCAUCAGCACAGGAGGCAAAGAGAAGGAACGCUUCACGCUCGUCCUGGCUGUCAUGGCGGACGGCAAAAAGGUUUCGCCGCGCAACAUCUUCAAGGGCACGCCGUUCUUCCCCCCGACCAUGAGCGGCAAGGGCAAGAGCACCCUGCCGCGGAAGAACUCCGUCGCGUGGGAGAUCCAUCCUGCGAACCGCGCCAAGCACGGCUACCCUGCCAACGGAAUGUCCUUCGGCGUGCAGGAGAAGAGCUGGAGUGACCAGCGGGAGUGCAACGGGUGGAUCUCGGGCAGCUGAAAGCUCCGUCCCAACAACGGCAGCAUCGUCCAGCAGCGCCCGUGCAUCCUGGUGCUGGACGACUUCAAGUGCCACAAGGACGAGGGUUUCAUCGCCGCCCUCAAGAGAGACGCCAACACCAUCGUCCUCUUCAUCCCAGGCGGGCUGAUGCGCUUGCUCCAACCGCUCGACCGCAUGCUCAACUAGCAGGUGAAGCGGCUGCUGUGGGGCAAGUACACCGCCUACAGCGCGUCGGCGGUCGCAGACUCCCGGUCGGGGAAGCUGAAGUCACCGGAGGGUGGGGUCGUCUCUACGUGGUGCAAGGAAGCGCGGGAGUCCAUCAGCCCCGAGACGGUAAAGACUUGCUUCAAGAUCUGCGGUCUCACGCUCGCGCUCGACGGCAGCGAAGACCACGCCUGGUGCGAGCACAACUUCGGGAAAUACCGCGACCUUCUCAAGGAGCAGCACGCCGUGUGGCUUGCUGAGCACCCCGACGUGACUCUCCGGCCGCUCGAGCUGCCGAAGGUACCAGGGGGGUUCGACUCCAACCCCAUCCCGGCUGCUCAGAAGGAGGUCGAGGGAAAGCUGCUGCCCUACGUCGCUCGUGAGAGCGACAGCGAGGUGGAGGUCUUGGAGGGCGACAGCGACGUGGAAGUCGUGGAGGGGCAGGGGGGCGGGGACGCCGCAGGAGAAGUAGUCGAACUUUGAAUCAUAGUUGUUUGGGAUUGCCAGUGAGAUUGGAUGUUUUUGCGAUGGUAGGGGCGCGGGCACGAAGUAGAGUUCAACCCGCCUAGGAAGUACAGUAGUAGGACGUUGGUAGCUCGUAGUGGUAGUUUGGUGUGAUUUUUUACUUCGUUUUUGGUUUCAUCUGCGUUUAGAAUUGUUGAGUGGAUGCCGUUUGUCGAUUUGCCGAUCUUGAUUCUUCAGAACGAAAAGAAGAGAACAAAGAGUACAAAUACCACAUUUUUGAACAUCGUCAUGGUGCCAAGGGCAGCAGUAGCAGUGGAGCACGCGAAUCAAGCUCCCACAGUAUCCGGAAUUUCCAGCACAAGAUGCUGGUGAAAGGGUAUCACCUACAGCCAAACCUCACCGCACAUAUCGGCGUGUCCGCACAGUGUGCGGAGACGACGAUACCUGUGCGAUAAUCUAGCAAAUCAUUCGGAACCCGUUUUUUUUUCCGCACACCCUGUGCCAAGACC